CACAGUUAUAAGCGCGCUGUCUGUUGGGAGCUGUAGUUUCUAAAGAUGGGACGGCGCCGCUUGAUGCUCGCCUAACAAAUCGGCGGCGGUGUCGCGGGUAACUCGGGACGCCGCAGCGGUGAGGCGACUUCCAAACAACAGGGAUUCCAUUCCCAAAAUUGGCCCUGCACGUGACCCUUCACUUCAUGCCGGGAAUGACAUAAUUCCUGGCACAACAUGAAAGUACUCCAGAGUGAGCAGUCUGUGCACACAUGAGACAUUUGAAAAGAAAGUUAACAAAAGAUCGUUGUCUAAGUUCUGCAAUCAAGAACAAUAAAAGUUCUUAGGCUUUCUAAUGAGGAAUGGCUACCCCAUAUGUUCCUGUUCCAAUUCCUAUAGGAAGUUCUACUAGUUUUGCAACAAAUAGAAACCAAAGAAGAUCAUCACUUGGGAGCAUUUCAACCAGUUCAAAUUCUUCCAAAGGGCAGCUGGAAGACUCUUCUAACAGUAGUUUUAAAAAGAUGAGCAUCCCUGAUGAGAUUGGUGCCACUUCAUCUCCUUGUAACAGUCCACUUGUUAGGACUAAAUUUAUAGGUAUGAACACAUCUAUGGAAUACUGUACUCAACCCUCAGAAGAUACAACACAAAAUACAGACUCUGGAAGCUGGGAAGAUCGACCUGCCACGCCUACGAUACUAGGAUAUGAAGUGAUGGAAGAGAGAGCAAAAUUUACAGUUUACAAAAUACUUAUUAAGAGAAAUCCUGAGGAAAACUGGGUGGUUUUCAGAAGAUACACCGACUUCUCCAGGCUUAAUGAUAAGCUGAAAGAUAUGUUUCCUGGUUUUCGAUUGGCACUUCCACCAAAGCGCUGGUUCAAGGAUAAUUACAACCCUGACUUCCUGGAAGACAGACAACUUGGACUGCAAGCAUUCCUACAGAAUCUAGUUGCUCACAAAGACAUUUCUAAUUGCCUCGCAGUAAGGGAAUUUCUUUGUUUGGAUGAUCCACCAGGGCCUUUUGAUAGCCUUGAAGAGAGCAGGGCUUUUUGUGAGACUCUGGAGGAAACAAACUACCGUCUGCAAAAGGAACUCGCUGAAAAACAAAGGGAAGUAGAAGCUCUAAAAAAAAUAUUAGAUGAAAAAGAAGUAUAUAUAGAUGCUAUGGAGAAAAGAAUUAGGGAUUUAAGUGUAGAGGAAACAAAGUCUCGUAAGUUGUCAGGAGAAGAAAGUGAGUGCAGUGGAGAAGUGGAAUCUUCUGCAGUAGAAGCAGAUCAGGGUGGCCUGGGUGAAGACAACAGUUCAGAAAAAGAGAAUCAAGAACCGUCUUGGAGUACUUCAGUGGCAGAAAAUUCUGUGCCAGAAAUUGAAGUUGCUGAGGUUGCAUGUGCUACAGAUGAAGAAGUGUAAAUGACACCAGUUGCUAUUGCAAAAUAAUAAUCAUGACAAUGUCUGAAACAGUUUGAACAAAAGUAUACAGUAGCUCUGAAGCACAUAUAGCAGGUAAGAAGCCAAGACUGAAUGUUUACAGAAACCAAUCUGAGUAAACUUUUGGCAUAGGAAGUAUAAUCAGUGCUGCUUUGAUUCAGCUGUUAUCUAGCCUUUAGAUAUAUUUAAUUUAUAUAUAAAGUUCUGGUUAAGGCCAGCUCAAAUUAUACCUAGAAUUCUAAGUAAUGUACAAAUGCUGCUGUUUAUUAAUGUAAAAAGGCUGAAAAGUCACAUGUGUAGAUACCAAUCAUGUUUGUUUAUCAUGUGACACCUUGCUGCAUAUCAUAUAUUUGCUACUAAUAGAUGAUACAUUUUGUAUGGGCAGCUUUAAGGCAUCUGAUUUUUUUUUGUACAGAUUCUUUAUAUAGGCAUAUAAUUUUAUGCUCUUGCAAAUAUAACUAUGCCAUCUAGGCUUAGUAAAAGAAUAUGAUAUGUUUUGGAUUUUAAAGUCAUAAAUGUAAAUAGCUGAUAUGUAAAUUUUAAUGCAUCAAAAAUAGGAAUACUUGUAAUACCAAAAGAAUGUUUCACAAAUGGAAGUAUGAUUGAAAGACUUUAUGAUGAGAAUUAUCUCAGUGAAGUAAACUGUAAAACUCAGACACACUUGGAUGUUCACCCUCAUGGGAAAAACAGUGUAAAAACUGAUUUAACAACUUCUUUCCAUUAAACCUUCUGACACCUUUGCCACAAUGCCACAUAAUCAUCAGAUCUACAACUUUGCCUUAUAUAAAGAACACACUACCUCUUUGUUGCUGAUGCAUCACAUGUAUUUAAAAUACCUAUAUAUUAUACACGGAUAAUUUGGGUCCUUUCAACCGUAUUUCUGCACCAUUAGUUAACUAGGUAAAAUCUAGUUGCAUUUUUUUCUUUACGAAUUAUAUACGCAUGGGAACUUGCCACAAUGUGUUGUGCGUAGCUUAUCUUUCAAAUUGUAUUAAGUCUGACAGUGCACUUUAUAAUAAAAAGACUUAUUGUGCCAAGUUGAUUGGCUAUUUUUUUAAAAGAUGGACCGUUGGGAUUUGGGAAGGUGGGGGAAAGGAUUGCAUAGCUGUGCCUUCUUGUUAUGUUCCUUGUUCUAGGCAUCUGUGUGGGUCCGCAUUAUGGAAUCUUUAAAAAAUUCUGGUCAGCAGUUAUUUGCUUAAAGUGCCUUCUUUUGUCUGGUCUUCUGGUGGGAAGAAUGCUUUUUUUGUUUCCCUCUGUGCCACCUACUCUUUUGUUUAAUGUUAAUAUGCAAUCACAAUGUGCUGGUGUGUUUUGAAUGCUCACUUUGUAUUUCGGAGCGCAGGGACAACAUUCUCUGUAGAACUGCCUAAAGCUGUCUGAGGAAAAUAAACUUUUGAACAUGACAA